AUGAGGCGUGUGUUUGGAGUCUGCUCCGACGGCUGGAUCCUCUGUGGUCACAAUGGCUCCCCCCACGGCUCGGUGAUGUCGUGCCAGUCGCUGGCGGCGCGCGCGUUCGCCGAGCCCGACAAGGAGUCGCACUGCGCACGCGCCGCCACACACAGAACCGUACGCUUCAGCUCGGACCCUCGCAGCCAGAACAGGACCACGAGCGAGACAGAAUGCAAGAGAGAAACACCCGGUUCCAUGUCGCUGAGCACGCUGUCCAUGUCUCCAGCCAUGAGCCAGUCAGCGCCGAGCGCCGCGGCCGCCUUCAACAUGGACGACCAGCCAGCCACGUGUCGUUUCCCCAAACUAGAGGAGUGCGCUCACUUCCACUACGAGCGAGUGAGUCUGGGCGGGAUCAGGGUGGAGCUGGUGCCGUGUGACGUCAGCGGGGACUCGCCCGGGGAAGGUUGGGUGUGUCUAAAGGUGAGCAGCCACGUGAAUUCUUGCGAGGAGGACGCGGCCGGCGGCGAGCACUCGUGGACACUCACCAGGAACAGGGAGCACUUCCUGCAGCUGGACGACAUGCUGCACAGGUGUAUAUACGACCGUAAGGUGUCAGGUCUGCCUCACCUGCCCUCCUCGCUGAGCUGCUCCCUGGAGGAGGCGGAGUACCUGCAGCUGGUGGCGGACUACGUGCACCACCUGUCCAUCAUAGCGGACGACUCCAUCAACUGUGGACCCGCGCUCAACUGGCUGCAGAUGGACAAUAAAGGUCAUAAACUGCUGGUAGCCAAUGAGGAUUCCAGUUCUAUUAACACUCCAGCAGUAGCGGCCGCGUACUCCGUCAGGAAAUAUGUGUCCCAGGCGCGGGACGAGAUCAGUUUCGACGUGGGGGACAUGAUAUCUAUCAUCGAUAUGCCUGGUCCUCAAGAGUCCCUGUGGUGGCGCGGCAAGCGUGGUUUCCGCGUGGGUUUCUUCCCGCACCACUGCGUGGCAGUCAUCGGGGACAAGGUCCCGCGACACAUGACGCAGCCUCCGCCCAUCGUGGGGUCGGUGGCCGUGGCUCCCAUCAAGCCGGUGCUCCGUAAGCACGGCAAGCUGAUCUCCCUGUUCCGCAGCUUCAUCCUGUCCCGACCCUCGCGGAGGAGUCUCAAGCAGCAGGGGAUCCUGAGGGAGAGAGUGUUCGGAUGUGAUUUAGGGGAGCACCUCACUAACUGUGGACACGACGGUCCCUUCCCUGGUGCAGUCCCGCAGGUGCUGGUGGAGUGCUCGCGCGCCAUCGAGCAGCGCGGCGCGGUGGACGGCAUCUACCGGCUGUCGGGCGGCGCGGCGCUGACCCAGAGGCUGCGGGCCGCCUUCGACGCGGGCCUGGCCGCGGACCUGCGCGCGCCGCUGCAGAGGGACCCGCACGCGCUGGCCAGCCUCCUCAAGAUGUACUUCAGAGAGCUGCCCAAUCCUCUGUGCACGUACCAGUUGUACGACAGCUUCGUGUCGGCCGUCACCGCGCCCGAGCAGCAGCGGCUUAAGGCAGUCCGGGAUACGGUGGUCAAACUCCCUCCGCCACACUACAGGACCCUGUCGUACCUAAUGCGUCACCUGCGGCGCGUGUCUCUACUGAGCGAGUCGACGGGCAUGACUGCACGGAACAUGGCCAUCGUGUGGGCGCCCAACCUGCUGAGGUCGCCCGCGCCGCAACACGCGCUGCAGGGGGUCGCCGUGCAGGCGGUGGUGACGGAGUUCCUGAUCUGUUACGCCGAGGAGCUGUUCUGUAAGGAGCAGGGAGCUGACUCGGGGCCGCCCUCCAUCAGUCAGGAGAGUCAAGAAUCUCAGAUAGAACUGCGAGGCCUGGAGGCCGGCAGACGACCCAAGAGUUUACCUCUGAACCCACCCACCAAGUUACUGAGCCUGGAGGAGGCCCGGCGCCGCGGCCGGCCCGCUCGGACUCCGCCCCCCGCGGACCAGGCGCACCUCACACCCGACACCAUGGCGCUCCGGCCCGCCUCACACCUCACACCCAAGUAUAUAGAGGUACGGAGAGAGAGAGAAGGACAGAGAGAAAGAGAGGGAAGAGUCGGCUCCGGUCCCAACAACCUGCCUCAGUACCACACGGUGCUGGAGCUGCCCGGACCCAACAAGAGACUGAAGCGAUCACCGAGCGGCUGGCGCGGGCUGUUCACGAGGAAGAGGAGCCCGCGGCCGACACUCACACCGCGCGCGCUGGAGCCGUCAGCGUCAGCCCUGCGGCCGGCCGUGUCGUGCGAGUCUCUGAGUGAGGGCGAGGCGGCCCCUCCCCCGCGACCCCCGCACCACACCAGGUCCUCGUCGUGUGACUCGUACUUCGAGCCGUGGCAGGCGGAGCUCGCCACCAUGAGGCUGAGACUGUCGCCGCAGGAGAGGGACCGGCACAUGUUUAGUGAAGAGGACGACGCGCAUGCGCAACACGCCGCCCCGGACGAGUCACUGAACACGACGCCGGGGAACAGCGCGAUAGGGAGCGCCGCGGACACGCCGCGACGAACGAGGGGGGACGAGAACACGGAGCGGAAAAGAGUGUCCCUGGAGCAGCUGGAGCGACGAGUGGCGCGGCUCGGGUACAUAGACAGUGACGAGCCCGGGGACAACACGCGCGCUAAGAGACUGUGCAAGGACAGAGACAGUCCCCAGUCAUCAGGCCUGGAGCUGCCGGCACUGACUAAUGUGAAGUUAAGAGAGAGAACCUCCCCGAGGAAACAGAAACCUUCAGCUCGGUACAGCGGGCUGCAGCAGCCCUUGAGUGGGACCGUGGAGGGCGAGCGACUCACCUGGCACGGCAAGGAGCACUCCACGCUCAUACGGAUCGACUGGCCGGACACGCCCACCACCCCGCCCACACCGGCCACGCCCCUCUACGACCCGCUGGAGAGCGACUCGGAGCCCAGCGACAAGCACACGCUCACCAUCAGGAGCAGCUGCCGGACCUGCGACCGCGAGACGUGCCUCAAGUGCGAGCUGAAGGCCGCGGACCACGAGAACCACGAGCUGCACCGGCUGUCCGCGCGGUCCAGCUCCUCCGCCUCCGACCACACGCCGCACCUCAUGAGGGUGAUGACGUCAUCACACGAGAGCUCCUCCGGCUACUCCAACGUGAGCUACAAGCAGGACGAGCCCUACCCGCGCUACGUCAACCUGUCCUCCAGCACCUCCAGGAGCUCCCCGCCCAGCCCCGUCAGGAGCCCGCUCAGGUCCACCAUCAGCAUCACGUUCCGCUCGCCGCGACCUGACGACGCGCCCGACUACGAGCCCGUAGGAGACGAACACACGCCCACCAACGAGAGGGACUCGCUGUACGAGGACGUGGACCUGGAGAAGAGUCUGGCCAUCGUGGAGGAGGCCAGCGUGCCGCAGACGGACGCCUGCCUGCCCGACCAGGAGGCCUGCCAGCCUGCCAGCUGCGACCUCAUCAUACUGGACACGCCCACCGACCACACGGACCUGUACAGCCAGGUGAAGUUCUUCAAGAAGAGCAUCGAGGAGGUCAACGCCCUGAUACUGGAGACGAGCGACAAGGAGCCGCACUACGAGCCCGUGGAGUACACGAACACGUACAGGAUACGGGAGGGGGGAGGGGGGGAGAACGGGAACGUGAUCACCACCAGCAACAACAUGAACGUGAGGCAGCUGGCCAACAGGUUCGAGAGCCCCACGGAGCAGAAGGGGGCCUUCAGCUACGACAAGACGGACAGGGGGGAGGCCGCGCGCUCACUGGACGAGAACGCGUUCAGUAAGGAGUUCGGGACGGACGGAGACAGGAGGAGGAGUCUGGAGGGGAAGGACGGCCGGGGGGGAGUACCGGACAUGAACCUGAACACGGACACGAGGACACGUGGCGCGGAGGACAGGGUGGCGCUGGUACAGAGAGACGCGAGGACACACGCCGAGAACACGCUCAGCAGGCAGAGGAUAGACAAGUACAAGGAGGAGAGGAGGAACUUCUUAAGGGAGAAGUACAGCUCGCAGUCCUUCAGGAGCAGCCCGGAGACGAUCACGAGGAGCAGGGGGAGGAGGAGCGAGGAGGGGAGGACGGAGGAGACGCGCGGGGGGGAGGGGAGGAGACUCACGCUGGCCAGGAGCAACACGGACCUGGAGCAGGGAGGAGACAGGUCAGAGAAGACGUCCCCCUCGUACAACAUCAGGGACAUGGCGGCCAUCUUCGAGCAGAAGUCUCAACCCACUGGCUGA